CUGCCAUGAUCGCUGGUGCUGUCGCUCCCUUCUCUCCCCUCCUCCAGCCACUGCCAUUCCCUCUGAUUUCACGAAGUUCGACUUGCGCACAUCGUUGCGCCAAUAGACAGGCCCAUUCGCGGGAAGUUCGCGAGCGGAGGGGAGGGAUUUAUCCGCGAGCCGGUGGUUCGGGUGCAGAUUCCGGGUCGUUUCCUGCUAAUAAGUCCGCCGAAGCAGCUUCUAACGAGGACGCUCGAUCCGUGACAAUGACAGGAUCGUUAAAUUCUUCUAUUCCUUCGGAUUUCAAGAAGAAUAGUUCUAGUAGCAGCGGGAGGGUAGCCGUAACCCCCAUAGUCGCCGAGGGUAUCUUUCGCCUAGACGCGGACGAAGGUUCUCGGAAGGCGGCCUUCCCGUCUCUUUCAUUCGCAGACCCGUCGGCCAGGGAGCAGCGGCUGGGAGGCGGUGGUUCGGGAAACGAGGAACUCUCAAUCGAGGAUGUGCUUGCAGGGGUUGCUGUGACCGUGGAAUUCAGCUCGCGAAACGACCAGCAAGUGGUUACCAUCCAACUGCCAGAGGGGUCGUCCUUCUAUGGAACAGGGGAGGUGGGAGGGCCUCUGGAGAGGAGCAAGAAACGGAUAUUCACCUGGAACACGGACUGCUGGGGCUUUAAUGGCAGCACCCCCUCGCUCUACAUGUCGCAUCCCUGGGUGUUCGCCCUGCUGCCUGACGGCCGCUGCCUUGGCUUCCUGGCAGACACCACCCGGCGCUGUGAGGUGGACCUGAGAGGAGCUCCCACCCUCCGCGUCACUGCAUCUGCUCCCUUCCCCCUCAUCCUGUUGUUCGGCCCCACCAGUUCUCCCACGCAUCUGCUGGAGCUCUUGGCGAAGGCCAUCGGUCCCCUCCCACUCCCGGCACGCUGGGUGCUGGGCUACCAGCAGUGCCGCUUCAGCUAUGAGUCUGCUGCCAGGGUGGAAGAGGUGGCAAAAGCCUUUCGAGAGAAGAAGAUACCGUGCGAUGUGAUGUGGAUGGACAUCGACUACAUGGACGGAUACAAGAGCUUCACCUUUGACCCGGCCAACUUCCCCGAGCCUCUCAAGCUGGCUCGGUGGCUGAACGAGGCGGGCUUUAAGGCCAUCUGGAUGCUGGACCCGGGGAUCAAGGAGGAGCCGGGGUACGCGCCUCUGGAGUCGGGAGACGGGGCAGACGUGUGGAUUCUCAAUGCCGAUGGCGCGCCCUUUGUAGGCGACGUGUGGCCCGGCCCCUGCAAGUUUCCGGAUUACACGAUGCAGAGGCAAGGGAGUGGUGGAGAGACCUGGUGGCAGAGUUUGCGAGAGAGGGGUGGACGGGAUUUGGAACGACAUGAACGAGCCCACCGUGUUCCGAGCAGUCAACAAGACCAUGCCGGACGAUAACAUCCAUAGGGGGGAUGACGACAUGGGGGGCACUCAGAACCACCUGCACUACCACAAUUGAGCUUGUACCUUGGUACGUGCUUGUAAAGGGGGAUGCAACGUCGGGGCCACUCACAACCCUCUGCACUGCGCUACCACAAUGUGAGCCUGAAGUGUGGCCAUCACUAAAGCAGGAAUAUGUACAGUAUACUGUACUGUACACCACCAUUGCAUAUGAGCUCUUGGUCCUGUAAGUGGGCAUUAGGCUAAGAAUGAGGGUUAUGAACAGCAGUAGGACGCGUGCCACUUUUCUUUAAACCCCUAGAGAAGCCGCUCCCCUCCCCAAGCCUCCCUUUGUGACUCGAGUGAGUUGAUGGGCAGCCAGAAGGGCAGCUAGAGAUUUGCUGCCUCAUGGACUGGCGACAACAACACACCUUAGAAGAACUACCUCACGUUUCCCUCUAUGUGUGCUUCUUGCGUUCAGGUGUACGACCUGCAGAUCUGCCACUACUCCUUGGUGCUGACCAGGGCAGGGUGUGUGGUAUGCUCAUGGCACGGGCCACCUGUGAGGGCCUGAAGAGUCUAUUCUUGAGGCGCCUCAAAAAUGGCCACCUGUGAGGGCCUGAAGAAGGCACUGCCUGAGAAACAGCCAUUUGUGCUGACUCGUGCGGGGUACAUAGGCAGCCAGCGGUAUGCUGCGUUGUGGACUGACUGGCGACAACCUGGCUCAGAGUAACAGCCCCUUGGCCCCUGCGUGUGCUUCUUGCUUCCUCUCUGCACCAGGUGUACGGCAUGCUCAUGCCACGGGCUCCAAUCGAAGCGUGGAAAAGGCACUACCUGAGAAACG